AUGCCAAAUUACGUGCCAAUUACGCCGAAGCCCGCCCAGGACUCCCACGACGCUGCUUCGGCCCCUUCGGAGGCUGUCGAGAACAACAAGCGACGUCGUAUCAGUGUUUCGGUGGCCUGCAACGCCUGUCGCCGGAAGAAGACCCGGUGUGACGGCAAAAGACCAGUAUGCUCUGCCUGCGAGCAUACACCAAACAGCUGCACGUACAGGGAUGACUCUGGGCUAUCUGAAGAAUCUCAGUCGCUCUUGCAAGAAAUCUUCCGUACCCUUAACGCUCUCCCGGACGACCAGAUCCUCGAAAGAGUACGAAGCCUCAAGAGGGAGGUUGAUCCGUUGGCUAUCCUCGCUCGCCUCAGAGGUGAAGGGGUCACCUAA